AUGCAGAUUUUUGUCAAGACCCUUACCGGCAAGACCAUUACGUUAGAGGUCGAGCCUGCUGACACUAUCGAUAACGUUAAGGCCAAGAUCCAAGACAAAGAGGGUAUUCCUCCAGACCAGCAGCGUCUCAUCUUCGCUGGCAAGCAGCUCGAGGAUGGCCGCACGCUCUCGGAUUACAACAUUCAGAAGGAGUCUACCCUUCACCUGGUCUUGCGUCUCCGCGGAGGGAUGCAGAUCUUCGUCAAGACCCUCACGGGUAAGACCAUCACGUUGGAAGUGGAGUCCUCCGACACCAUCGACAACGUGAAGGCGAAGAUUCAGGAUAAGGAAGGCAUUCCUCCUGACCAACAACGUCUCAUCUUUGCCGGAAAGCAGUUGGAAGACGGCCGCACUCUCUCUGAUUACAACAUUCAGAAGGAAUCCACCCUUCACCUCGUGCUACGUCUCCGUGGUGGCAUGCAGAUCUUUGUCAAAACCCUCACGGGUAAGACCAUCACCUUGGAGGUGGAAUCAUCCGACACCAUCGACAACGUGAAGGCGAAGAUUCAGGACAAGGAAGGCAUCCCCCCUGAUCAGCAGCGCCUUAUCUUCGCUGGAAAGCAGUUGGAAGACGGUCGCACGCUCUCGGAUUACAACAUUCAGAAGGAGUCCACCCUUCACUUGGUCUUGCGUCUUCGCGGAGGCAUGCAGAUCUUUGUCAAGACCCUCACGGGGAAGACCAUCACCUUGGAGGUGGAGUCAUCCGAUACUAUCGACAAUGUGAAGGCAAAGAUUCAGGACAAGGAAGGCAUUCCUCCUGACCAGCAACGCCUUAUCUUCGCAGGAAAGCAGUUGGAAGACGGUCGUACGCUCUCUGAUUAUAACAUUCAGAAGGAGAGUACUUUGCACCUUGUUCUUCGUCUUCGUGGUGGUUGUUAG